GAAACUUAGAUAAUUGUUAUUGUAACAUGGAUUGUAAUUUAAAGUCAAACAGUUAAACGUUGGCGGGAUUGUAUACGAAAGCAUAAUAUAUGCACCGCGACGAAAAGCUGGAUAAGCUGAUUAAACGAAACGAAAUAAACACCUGGGGUCGCUUCCAAUUGGCGGUAUAGUGAAGAAAUUGCAAGUAUGAGCGAGAAUGAGACUGUCGUAGAUGCGGUGGCUACCACUGUAACACCGGACGACACGGUGGAACAGGCGGAGGAACCAAUACCGUGUGACAACAAGGAACAGGAACAACCAGCUGUUAACGGUCCGCUUACCGACGAAAAUGCCACAGCGAACCUCUCUAAGCGGCAGCGCAAAAAGUUACUAAAACUAGCCAGCUGGGAGGAGAAAAAAAAGGCAAAACGGUUGAAGGAAAGGGAGAAGUACAAGCUCAAGAAACUGGAAGCCAUUGAACGGGGAUUACCGGUUCGCAUCGGUCCCAGCCGAAAGGAGCUGAAACGGCGUGUAAUCGAUUACAGCCAAGCAACGAUUGAGAUCGCAGUCGAUCUAAGCUUCGACAGCAUGAUGAUCGACAAAGAUGUGGCCAAAUGUGUGAAACAGUUGCUGCGCAUGUACACACUUAACCGGCGGGCGCCGCGCCCCGUUCCGUUGCACUUUACCGGCAUCGUGGCGGAUGGUGCGGUCCAGCGGCACCUAUCGCGAUACGAUGGCUAUAAGCAUUGGGACGUGAAGGUAAGCAGCAGCCACUUUCUGGAUCUCUUUCCACGCGACCGGCUGGUCUACCUGACGAGCGAGUCGGAAAAUGUGCUUGAGCGGCUCGAGCCCAACGAUGUGUACGUGAUCGGUGGACUGGUGGAUCACAAUCAGCACAAGGGUCAUUGUUACCGUUUGUCGCAGGAACUUGGAGUGCGACACGCUCGGUUACCGCUGGCUGAACACCUCGUUAUCAAAACCCGCACGAUUCUCACGAUCAAUCAGGUGUUUGAGAUUAUGCUGCAUAUUCAUGCUGGACGUGACUGGCAGUCGACGUUGCUGGAAGUACUACCACAGCGGAAAGGAGCAGUACCGAAGGAAUCGCUAGUGAGCAAUGAUGCUGAAGAUACAAAUCAGGAUAUUGAAAAGUGUUAACAGUUGAAUAAAAUUGCAAUCAAUAAACAGUUAUAUAUAUUAAAUUUAAAAAUAAUAAUUUUCAUACACAGGCUUCUAUUGGUAUAUUUUCUAAUGAGAAACACACAUAUUAGGAGAAAUAAGGCCAUGA